AUGACCCCAUCACCACAACCACAACCACAACAGGGUCAAAGCCUAAACGUGAUCGCCCUAAUAUCCGGAGGAAAAGACUCUCUCUACUCUCUCCUGCACUGCAUCCGCAACGGCCACAAAGUCAUCGCGCUAGCCAAUCUCCACCCCCCGGUCCAAGAUGCCCAAGAAGACAUCGACAGCUUCAUGUACCAGACCAUCGGCCACGCUGUGAUCCCCCUCUACGAGCAGGCCCUGGACAUCCCGCUCUACCGCGCCCCCAUCUCCGGCGGCGCCGUCGACACAGCCCGCAUCUACCGCAAUGAUGCCACAGAGGAGUCCGCGCCGGAAGACGAGACCGAGUCGCUCGUUCCGCUGCUGAAGCGCGUGAUGCAGUGUCAUCCGGAGGCCAAUGCCGUCUGUGCCGGCGCCAUCUUGUCCACUUAUCAACGCACCAGGAUCGAGAAUGUCGCGUGUAGGCUGGGCCUGACCCCGCUGGCUUGGUUGUGGAAUUAUCCGGUGCUCCCUGCGCCGGUGGAACGCGCGGGCGUGGCUACGCAGGCGGGGCUGUUGGAGGAUAUGGCUGGGGUUGGAUGUGAGGCGAGGAUUAUCAAGGUUGCCUCGGGCGGGCUGGAUGAGGGGUUUCUCUGGGGGGAUGUUUCGAGUCGCGAUGGGCUUGUGCGGAGGAAGAUUGAGAGGGCAUGA